AUGGCUUUGUUAUUUGAAUCACCACCAGACUUGUUGGAUGGGGUUCCUGCAAUUGCACCUCCACCUACACAUCGCUACUACACAAGGGCUAAUCAUUCACUGCAAAUGGAUCAGUUAAGGGACGAUCUUAUCCAGAUGAGAACUCAGGUUACUGCUCAAAUGGCUCAAUUCAUGGAAGUCAUGCAAAGCAUGGCUGAUCGCCAAGAAGAGCUCAGAAUCAGGAUGGACACAGUUGCUCAGGUUGUUGCGGACCCCCCGCAAAGAAAUUCUGCUGAUAUUCGUGUCAAUGGUGAACCUGUGAACGGAGGACCUGGUGUUAUUCCUCCUGCUGCUAAUCAAGGUAAUCCCCGUGGGCCUCCCCAGCCCACUCCUGAAGGACAAACCACACAACAAAUCAGAUGGGCUGCCGCUAUCCCCGUGUUGGAAGAGGACCGACACGAGGACUUUUUUCUUGAAAGUGAAUGGGGAUUUCCACAUGAUGCUGGAAGGAUGUUUAGAGGUCUGGAAGAAAGGAUGAGGGCAAUGGAAGGCCAAGGACUUGGUUUGGACAUCAGUGAUUUGGGUUUGGUUCCUGGCGUCCGUGUGCCACCAAAAUUCAAAGUACCUGAUUUUGAGAAAUACAAGGGGAAUACUUGUCCUAAGACACAUGUCCGAGCCUACUACCGCAAAAUGCAUUUACAGAAUCGGGCCCAGAAAGCUAAUGAGUCCUUCAAGGAAUAUGCGCAGAAAUGGCGUGAGUUGGCGGCUAGAGUCCAACCACCUAUGCUGGAAAGAGAGAUGAUGGAUAUGUUCACUAAUACUUUGGAGGGCCAAUAUUACUCCGCCUGCUCCGCAUCCUCGAGUUUCGCCGAGUUGGUCAUGAUCGGUGAACGUAUUGAAAGUGGGAUUAAGGCUGGUAGAAUACAGAAUCCAAGUGUUGCUGGUUCCUCCUCUGGGGCAGGAGGGAAGAAACCAUAUAACGGAUUUGCUAAGAAAAGAGAGGGCGAAACAAGUGCUGCUUACUAUGGUAAAGGCAAACGCCAUGCUUAUCAACAAGUAGCCGCUGUGACCAUACCGAAUGCUCCUCUUCAACAACAACAACAACAACAACCACAGCAGAGGUAUCCUCCGCGUCAGUAUCAGCAAAAGUCAAGAGCGCCAAGAAAUUUUGAUCCCAUACCCAUGACAUAUGCACAGCUACUUGCUCAUCUUUUACAUCUUGAGUUGGUGCAACUUCGUACCAUGGGCCCUCCACCUGCUAAACUCCCUCCUAACUAUGAUGCUAAUGCUCACUGUGAGUUUCAUUCUGGGGCUGCUGGUCAUGAUAUUGAACAUUGCAUAGGAUUCAUGCAUAAAGUACAAGACUUGAUUGAUUCAAAGGCUAUUGAGUUUACCCCUACUCAAGGACCUAACGUUGUACAGAACCCUAUGCCUCCCCACGGAACUCAUGCUGCAAAUGCCAUCGAGGUUGUUGAAGACGCUCACUUGGUCAAGGAUGUGACCGAAUUGGGCUCUCUGUUACCAUUGUUGAAGAUAGAAUUAUUGAGGAUGGGUCUAUAUUCUGGUUGUGGAGAAUUAUGUACUGAUUGCAUGGCCAUUUCCUCGGUUUGUGACAAGGUGAAAGGUGGGAUUCAACAGUUGAUAGAUAAUGGGUAUCUACAGUUUGAGCAUGUGCGACAUCCUCAAUUAGUCGAGAAUGAAGUCAAUGUAGUAUCCAUCCCGUAUACUCCUGCUAAGAUUCCAAUUCCGGCCAGAGCGCCGCCUUUGAUCAUUACGUUGCCUGGUCCUGUCCCGUAUACUAGUGAAAAAGCAAUCCCAUGGAAUUAUGGCAGAGAAGUUUUCUACCAAGGGGCCAAGUAUGAGAUUAAAAUGCCGGUUGAGAAAGAAGAUGUGGAUAAUGUUGUUGGCAUUGGAAGAAUGACAAGAAGUGGUCGUAUUUUCAAUCCUCCCCAGAAUACUCGCGAUGACAAUGCAGAAGCUCUAGCUCAAGCAAAAGGGAAAAGAGUGGUAGAAGAUACGGUGGAUCAGGGGCAAAGCUCUAUCUCUGAAGACACUGUGGCCAAAGAGAUGGAAGAGUUCCUAAAGAUCAUCAAGAAAAGUGAGUAUAAAGUGGUGGACCAACUGAGUCAAACUCAAUCAAAGAUUUCGAUCUUGCAGUUGCUCUUGUGUUCGGAAACACAUCGAAAUGCUUUGUUAAGACUCUUAAGUACUGCUUUCGUCCCUCCAAAGAUCUCAGUGAAUCAACUUGAAGUGGUGGUGUCAAACAUUAACGCUGGUAAUGGAUUGGGGUUCACUGAUGUUGAUCUGCCUCCUGAAGGUAGAAACCACAAUAGAGCUUUACAUAUAUCGGUGGAGUCUAAAGGGACUAUGUUAUCACGUGUUCUCGUGGAUAAUGGAUCUUCUUUGAAUGUAUUACCGAAGUCCUCUUUGAUGAGGCUAGAUUAUUCUGGUGUUGAGAUAAGGCCGAGUGAAUUGACGGUGAGAGCCUUUGAUGGAUCAAAGAGAUCAGUAUUUGGGGAGGUUGACUUGCCGAUAAUGAUAGGUCCUCAGCUCUUCACUAUUACUUUCUUUGUGAUGGAUAUCCACCCAUCUUACAGUUGUCUCCUGGGAAGUCCAUGGAUCCAUACUACUGGGGCCGUGACUUCCACAUUGCAUCAGAAACUCAAAUUCGCGACUCAAGGAAAGAUAGUCAUAAUAUGUGGGGAGGAAGAACACAUGGUAAGCCAUCUUGCGUCCUUCAGGUAUAUUGAUGAGGAAGGAGAGGUCCACGAGACGCCUUGCCAAGCCUUUGAGGCUGUCCAGACCAUCAAGAUCCCUUAUGUUGAAAAUAAGAAGUUGGAGGCUCCCAUGUCUUCACUAAAGGAAGCUAAAGUUGUGGUUGAAUCUGGUCAUCCUGAAGGAUGGGGCCGAGUCUUGGAUUUACCGAUCAAGCAGGAUAAAUGUGGGAUUGGUUAUCAAGUGGGUCAGAGUUCAUCUAAUGAGGUCCCCAAGAAUUCUGGAACCUUCGUUCCGAUCAAGUUCUCUAGUGCUGGCAUCGUCAAAGAUCAUGUCUGUGCUGCUGAUGAUGAUAUGGAUAGCGAUUAUGACAUUGAAGAAUGGAUUAAGCCGUGUGCCCCAGGACAGAAGCUUCUCAACUGGUCGUCCAAGGACAUCAUCUCAAUUGCUUUUGAUCAAGAGUAA